CUGUAUGUUUUGUUUUUGUCUGAGAAUGUGUAAAAAUGUUAUUGUACAGCCAAAACACAUUUGAAAACAAAGCAUUAGGGUUGUCAUGUGAUUUUCGGCGUGUUGGCAGUGAGACAUCUUGCUGUGAUAUUUAAUCUUCGGAAGGUCAGACCGGAAGAGUAACGUUCGGCGAUGAUGAUGCGGUAAAUCAAGGGGAGUUUCCUGUCUCGCCGCAGGAAUGCCAGGUGGAGACUAUGGGGAGCUCGGCGGCAGCCUCCCUGCCAUUGCCUCCCUGAAUGCUUCGUAUUCUACAUCCAUGUCCCUCCCAUCCCCGUACCUGAUGUUACCACCCGCUGAGCGCAGGGCCAUCUCUGACGUCCGCCGCACCUUCUGUCUCUUUGUGACGUUCGACCUGCUCUUCAUCUCGCUUCUGUGGAUUAUUGAGCUGAAUAUCAACAGCUCAAUCUGGGACAGCUUAAAAAAUGAGGUUGUCCUCUAUAACUACAGGUCUUCCUUCUUUGAUAUUGUUCUCCUUGCCGUGUUUCGUUUCCUGUGUCUACAACUGGGUUACGCUGCCUUUCGGUUGAGGCACUGGUGGGUUAUUGCGGUUACCACUCUAGUGACCAGCGUCUUCCUCGUACUAAAGGUCAUCAUUUCUAAUCUGCUGUACCGGAAUGCCUUUGGCUACGUGAUCCCCAUCACUUCGUUUGUGGUGGCCUGGCUCGAAACUUGGUUUCUUGACUUCAAGGUGCUCACUCAGGAGGCUGAAGAUGAGAGAGCCUACCUGGCGGCGAUCAACGCAGCCUGUGAACGAGCCCCCAUGAUCUACCCCCGUGCUGUUUCAGACGGACAGUUUUACUCUCCACCUGAAUCUGUCGCAGGAUCCGAGGAGGAUCUGGAUGAGGAGGGUCUUGGACGCAGAGCUGUCACUGCACAGGAGAAGGAGUACGUCAGACAGGGGCGUGAGGCUAUGUCUGUAGUCGAACAGAUCCUAACCCAGGAGGAGAACUGGAAGUAUGAGAAAAACAAUGACAUGGGCGACUCUGUCUACACUCUGGAGAUUCCCUUCCAUGGAAAGACUUUCAUAUUGAAGGCCUUUAUGCAGUGUCCUGCUGAGCUUGUGUAUCAGGAGGUGAUUCUGCAGCCAGAGAAGAUGGUCCAGUGGAACAAAACUGUUUCCGCCUGCCAGAUCCUUCAGAGGGUCGACGACAACACUCUGGUGUCAUACGACGUCUCCUCUGGAGCAGCAGGGGGAGUCGUGUCUGCCAGGGACUUUGUUAAUGUUCGACGGGUGGAGCGCAAACGAGACUGCUACCUGUCUGCCGGCAUGGCAACAGACCAUGACGCCAAACCUCCAGUCGGCCGCUACGUCAGGGGAGAGAACGGUCCAGGAGGGUUUGUGGUCCUCAAGUCCAGCAGUAACCCGUCCGUCUGCACCUUCAUCUGGGUCCUCAACACUGACUUGAAGGGCCGGCUGCCCCGCUACCUCAUCCACCAGAGUCUGGCAGCCACCAUGUUUGAAUUCAUGUCCCAUCUACGCCAACGUAUUUCUGAGCUGCGGCCAUCUCUGCGCUCCCACCACCACCACGUCUAAAGCAGGACGUAUGACGGACGCCAGCUGGUCGAGAGGUGGCACUGCUGUUUUCUUCUUGAGUGGACCCAAAACAAACAAAAAAUGGGCGUAGCGGCACAUUCAGCUGAAGGGAUGUGCUGCCUACCGUGACUGAGAAGACUGCACUUCUAAGGAUAAGAAACGUGAGACGUGACCACACAUUUCAGUCACAAGAGGAGUUUUUCACCUUUCAAAGACAAUUUUCCUCCUCAUCCAUAAACUUUGUUUUUUAAAAGCGUGAUCACACAUAUUUUUACCUGGACCUGUAAUUGAUUUUGCUCUGUCCCUGUCGUCGUCCAAUGAAAAACAGUUUUUCCUGGAUCUGUUAAGCCAUCUUGUGGCAUGGUGAUCAUUACUGAAACAAGCUAAAAAAGAUGGAUGAGGGAGUCAUUGAUUCUCACUGUUUAGGCAUCUGUCUCACUUGUUACAAAAGUACUGGUCCAACAACAUGAAGCAGCUGUCUCUCUGAGCCUUAUCUUACUGCACAAACUGUAAGCCAGUUGAUUUGCUGCUUUUUUUUCUUUAUUUGUUUAGUGUGCGUGUUUGCCCUGCACCAUCUUGUUUCUUUUGGUGCACCUGUCCUCAAACAAAUCCGCACCUCACAGUGGCCAUAUUUUCAACAUUUAAUUUGAAUGCUUAAAAGCUUUUGUCACACAAUUUACUCUCUUUUUACACUGUGAUAGAUGGAAGUCACCUGUAGUCUAAUCACCACUAGAGGGAGACACCACUUCCACAUAGUGAAAGCCUCUAAAGGUUGACAUCAUCCUCAUAUCCCACGGUGCAAAAAAUCUCAUCUGAUAUUUAUUCAGCUAUUACUGAGGGCACUUUGGGAUAAAACAGGAAGUCAAACCAGGAGUCAGAUCAGGAGGCUGUUAAUCUGUGUUGUAAAUGCAUUAUGGAGCUCAUUAAGAUGGAUGAAACAAUGGUGAUUAUGUUCAUAAAUUAGGCUGCUGUGUACUUACUAAAGCUAGCUUUGGUGCCAAUAACCUCCAGUGGCCUUAUGGUAAAAUAGCUGACUCAUUAUAUAUCAUCAAAUUAUCUGUACUGAAUUGAUUUCCAUGGACUUAAGUUGUGGCCUCCCCCUCAAGGCCUGAUAGGACACUGCAUGAGGUUUUCUAUGAUUUCUUACAUCAUGAAGCAUGUUGUCCCUUUUAAUCACUUCUAGCAUGUAAACUUUUAGCUUCGUGUCAAAGUCUGUACCUCGAAAAAAAUCAUGAUUUAUCAUUGUAAUGGCAGCCGGAAAGACUGAGGUCUGGUUUUCAGGUUCAAAUUACUGCAGAGUUUGAACCAAAGAGAGUCACUUGUUCUUCCUUUUCCUGAGAUAUAAGGCACGGAACAUCUUUUCUGAGCUGUUCACACGUUGAAGGAGCGUAUUUAUGGCUUUAAAUGUGAUGUUGUGACUGAUUCACCACAUCACACUCACCAUGGCCAGACAACCUUGGGGCAUUUUACUCUGUAAGCCCAGGUAUUAUCUACUUGUGAACACUGUGAUCACAGUCUGAAAUGUCGAAAACAAGUGGCAAUUGAGGUUUAACUGAAUACUCUGUCAGGAUUUAUUUUAGCUACAUACUGUACAGGGAGAAAGUCAAAUGAAUGAAAUUGAUAUCAACAAUUUGGUGCCUUUUUAUCACAGUAACAUUACAUGUCUGCCUUUUCUUUAGAUUUGCAUUUAUUUUAUACUGUUAAAUCAUUGGUUAAUACCUUCAGCUACGUUAUCUUGUAUGCAUAUAAAGCCUGCUUAGAUUACUUGUUUUCUUUGAUAAUAGUUUUUUUUUAUAAUACUUUGAAAGUGUCAAUAGAUGAUUCAUCAAACUUAUUAAUUUAAAGCCAUCACAGGAAUACUGACCAACAGUUUUUCAGUCUUAACCAGUGUCUUAUGUCUAAUAAAAUAUAUGAACUCA